CCCUGUGCAGCUCCCGGCGCGGUUCCCGGAGCGCCUCCCGGCGGGGCAUCCUCCCGGUGCGCCCUCGGGAGCGCCCGGCCGAGCCCCGCCGCCGGCCCCGGCCCGAGCCAUCCCCGCCUCGGGCCGGCAGCAUGCCCCGCGGGCGAGCCUGGACGCAGGCGGAGGUCAGCAGCCUGCUGUCGCUGGUGGGGGGCUCGGGGGAGGCCGCGCUGCUCAUGGCCUCCACGUCGCGACCCAACGAGGCGCUCUGGCGGGAGAUCUCCCGGGGUCUGGCGGCGGCCGGCUACGGGCGCAGCGUGGCCCAGUGCCGCUCCAAGUGGAAGGCGCUCAAGCAGGCUUUCCACUCGGAGCGGGAGACGCGCCGCAGGGCAGGACAGCACUCGCCCCGGCUGCCGCCGCACUACCGAGCCAUGAAGAGCAUCUGGAAGGCGGCCGGGCGGCCCGUCUUUGGCGAGCGGAGGAUGCCAGACGUGGUGAAGCUGCCCUCCAGAAGGCGCAGGUCAGCCCUUGCCACACGCUCUCCAUCCUCACCAGAGCCACCAGAGCACGGCGUUGGCGGGGACACCCCCAGGACGCUGCUGUCACCGGUGCUGCCGUGUGCGAAGGACGAGCCAGAGAGUCCAGCUGGUGGGGAACACAUUGCUGGAGUGCCACCCACACCCCCUGCCAUGCCACACACCGCUUGCUGCUUCUCUCCCCUCUCCCAGCUGGGCUGUCACACUGACCUGAAGCAGGAAGGAGCUGAGGGAAAGGCCAGUUUUCCUGGUGAGACGUCCCUGGGGAUGGGAAGAGGAAACCGAGUGCUGCCGCUGGCUGCUGCAGCCACAGGCUCCCACGGGACAGCAGCCAUGAGUGAGCAGCCAGCAGCAGGUGAAGAUGCAUCAGACACAAGCCUGCAUGGGUCUGGCGUGGCAGGCUUGCUCCAGAAUGUCCAGCAGCUGCUGGUGCAGAUCCUGCAGACAUCCCGGCAGCAGCAGGCUCUGCUGGAGAGCCUGGCCAGUGACACUGUCUCCCACCUCCACCUCCUCUCCCACAGCCUCGUGCAGGUGGGCGAGACCCUGCACCAACUCCUGCUCCGGCCACAGACCCAUCCUGGCCCCAUUGGCCACUAUGUCCCCCACGUGCCCCUUUUUGAGGGUGGCUCUGGAGUGCCCUGCUCCCCUGGUGCUCCCCACACUUCCCCGGGUCACAAAGAGCCUCAGAUGUCCCCUGAUGCCAGGUGCAUCCCCCCCUGAGUGCCCCAUCACUGGCCCCAGGAGCAACAGCUUUGCUACCGAGCCAUGGCACAAAUCUUUAUAUCAGAGGUUCCAGA